CUCUCCUUCAACCACCACCGUUCCUCUCAUCCAUCCGCCUCGCCCUCACAAUGCUUUCUAUCCGAUCGCUUGCGCGCUCCGCGCCCCGAACUCUGGCCCGCCUCUCUGGCGCCAGCACCAUUGCUCGCUCCGCCGCCCGCCCCAGCGCAUUCCUCAAGGCAUCGAGCGCCUACUCCCUGACCUCUGCCCGCGUUGCCGCCCCCUUCUCGACGACUGCUGGCCGCCGCGCCGCCGACGGCGAAACUGACGAUGAGCUCUCCGCCAAGCUCGAGAGCGAAAUCUCCAUUGAGAACGAGAUGGCCGCCAGCGAGGAGCAGCCCGCCAGCAUCAAGGACUUUCUCGAGAACAGCCCCUUUGAGCUGGUCGACAUCCCUGGCCAGGAGGUUGUGAAGCUGGUCCGCGACUUUGGCGACGAAAAGAUCACCGUCAGCUUCUCCGUUGCCGACAUCACCAACUUCGACCCGUACGCCGAGGACGCCGCCCUCGAGGACGAGCUUGCCGACGACAACGUUGACGCCAAGCAGAACGAGCUGGCCGAGGAGGAUGCCGAGGACUUUGAUGCGCUCGACGAGGCCGGCGCCCCCAUCAACUUGUCCAUUGUGAUCGAGAAGCCCGGCAAGACCAAGGGCGCUCUCAACAUUGACGCGACCGCCCAGGACGGCGCCAUUGUUGUCGAGAACAUGUUCUUCUACGAGGACGCUUCGCUCGCCAAGGUUGAGAGCCCCGAUGCCGCCCAGAAGCGCGCCGAUGUCUACCCCGGCCCUCCCUUUGGCAGCCUCGACGAGGACCUCCAGGUUCUCAUGGAGCGCUUCCUUGAGGAGAGAGGCAUCACCCAGACCAUGGCUGUCUUUGUCCCCGACUACGUCGAUGUCAAGGAGCAGCGCGAGUACCUCCGCUGGUUGGGCAACGUCAAGGGCUUCAUUGACGCUUAAAAAAACAUCACGCUUUGAUACUACACCCCUAAGAAAUCUCGGUUAAAUCUGCCACAGAUCUGACCAUGUGUUUCGAGGAGGACCCAAAAAAGAGUCGGAUGGAAUCUGUUACAUUAGAAAAACGUAGAAGGGACAGGCAGCUUAUCGUUGAGGCGGUAUGGCUGGUUGUCGCUUCUGCAACCAAACUUGUAUUAUAGUAGAGGCGCUGGUGUGCCAGCCCCCAUGUAAGAAGAAAACGAGACGAAGGAAAAAUCGCAACAUUUUAGUUUACAGCUUUUUUAAUGCCCAUAGGCUUUUUUAAAAAAAAAUGAUCUGAAUACUGCUUUCUUUGUGCCAAAUUUAUCCAUGCAUUCUAUGUACGUCUGAGAGACAUGGUGACAGAGUAGCCACCAGCCACAAGGCACGCAGCAAACAAGAAAGUAAAAAUACCAUCUCUAUCUAGCCCAAAAAGGUGUAAAAUGAGGAGUCUGAAAACAGCUCCAUUGCUCAACCAUGCAAUUCGCGUCGUCUAAUGCAAGAAAAGAGUAGAACGUAACAUAACGUAAUAAAGAGUGCCAUGCGUGCCGCGCGGUUGUCUCUAAGUUGAGCCCCGGAAUAAGCAAUAUCAAGUCUGAGCAGAAAAACAAAAAAAAAAAGAGCACGGGAUAGCGCCAUAAUUAAGAACGGACAAAGAAAGUCCUUACGUUGUCCACAUUCAAUGCCAUACCACUAAGCAUAUACCCAAAAAAAGAAGAUGACAGGAAAGCAAUGACGGAAACGGUGGUGGCUCUAGAUGCCAUCGAGGGACCAUUCGCCCUUCUGGCUGCGCUCAAUGACUUGUUUGCCCUUCUCGGUAAGGUCAGGGCGGCCGCCGUUGCCGACAGCAUGCUCAAAGUAAACUGGGGACCAGGUGGUGCCGUUGGCCUCGCGCUCGCGGGCCUUGACACGUUGGGCCUCCUCGAGCUCCUGCUUGAUCGAGGUGGCCUUGGAGAACUGCUUGGCGUGAAUGGCGGUGGUAACGUUGCCCCAGAGGGUGAGCGACUCGUUGGGGAGCUGCUUUUCGGCAGGAGGGAUAACUUUGGGGGCGACGCUGAGAGGGGCGAUGUCGAUAAUGGUGUACUGUUCCUCAGCAGGGACAGUUUUCUAUAUCGGUUAGUGUUUUCUGCUUGAAAAGAGUAGGUUGGGCCAUUCCACUUACAACUGGUCGAGAACCAAGCGUGAAGACGACCUUUUCUCUCCAAGGGCCGCUCAGACGGGCCAGGAUAUCCUCCUCGGGGACAUCCUGUACUCUGGUGAUGUUGUCGUUUUCAGGAUCGUAGUUGAAGAUAACACCGUCGACCUUGUUGGUGCUGCGGCCCAACCAGCCUUCAUCGACGUAGUGAAGGAUAGCCUUGAUCUUGGUCUUCGGGCAGGUAAAGUAAGCCAUUUCGCUAACAGAGACACUCAGGGUGCCACGAAGGAUGCCGCCAAGGUGGGCAGCGGGGUGAGUGAGCUGGUAGGUCUCACCAUCGCGGUUGUCGAGGGUGAUGAAGAUGCCAAGGUUGUGCUCGCCGGGCAUGACCUUGACGGAGGUGCCAGUGAACUUUGCUGUGAUUUGGUCGAAGCCGCGGGCGCUGAGGCCCUUUUCGGGGCAAGCAAUGUGGAAAGCGCUGACGGGAGGGUGGUGAGAGGUCUGCUCGGUGAGGUAAGAGACGCGGACAAGCUUCUUAUCGGCGCUGCUGUCGUGCUGAGGCACGGAAAGGGACAUUGUCGAGGCAUUCUUGUCACUCUUUACGCUAGAGGCCUUGAUACUCGAGCCGCUGGAGCUGACUCCGUUCUGGGUAAUAGCAGACGACACAAUCUUUGGUGCAUUGUCCUCGGUGUCCCAGUUGCACUAACAGUGGGUCAGUAUUGAUGUUGGUUGACGAGGUUUACGGCCCUGAUCAACUGCGACUCACUCUGAAGAAUUCGCCAAGGCACGAGUUGUAAGGCUUGCAGGGCUUGCCCUUUGCAUACUUGAUAUCCUUGGUCAGCCAGAAACGGACGACCUCGAGCAUUCGGUCGAGUGGUUCGUCGGCGGUGCCAAUUGCGAUGAAGGCAUUAGGGGCAUCGAGGUAGGUCCAGUACUCGAGGUUGGGCGUGGGCUCGAGAAGCUGGGAGGGGAGCGAGAAGCGGACGGCGGCGAGAUCUGAGACUCCAAUGAACCUGCACAAAGCACAAGGUGCAUAGAUUAGCAGACUGUACAGUGUGUGCGUAUAAAAAAUUACUCGCGAUGUCGGAGCAGGCCAACGUGCCCACAGGCGACCGCCGCAGCACCACACACCGCCCUGGCCAGCGAGCGGGGAGCUGUAGGAAAAGCAUGAAUUGCGCAAACAGGAGAUAUCUUACUUUCUGAGGAUUCCCAAAAAUGUUCUCAGCUUGGAGCCUUCGCUCUGCUGCUCGUCAGGGGCGUCGACGGUAGCUGGGGGCGCCGAUGACGACAUGGUGUCGGCGGCGGUAGAAAGCUUGUGGUUGUGGCCGUUGGGCGUGUCGCUUUCUGUGAUGGCGGGUUAGAAGCCAAACGGCAAGAAAAGCGGUUGGCGGUAGUAGAGGCGCAAGUAAUAGAAAAAGACGGUGUAAAGUGUAAUGGUAAAGCAAUACGAUGGACACGCGGUGCUAAGAUGAUGGCAAGGAAGACAGGAGAGGGAAGGGAAAAAAAAGAAGGGAACUGGUUCCAAGAAGCCAGCAGCAGAUCAUGAGAUGAGUGAGGAGCUGGUAGCCUGCUGCUUUCUGUUUUGC